GCGACAACCAGCCCCAGCAUAGGCAGCGCCUGAGCUAGGGCGACUGCAACUUGCUGCAUUUAUACAGGCUAGUGCUUUGGCCGCGCCCCCGGAGAGGAAGCCCCUGGCCCAGUUCCGCCUCAGCUCCCCCUCAGCACCGCUCCCCGCGCGGGUGGCGCGCUCCCCCCAGCAACUCGCCCCGCCCCCAGCGGGCAUUCUAUUACAUGUACGGGGGGCGAGGCGCGAGGCUCAAUCUCGGCGCGAGCGGGCGGCGCCAUGGAGCUAACGGCCCCGCCGCGGCCCUGGGCCUUCCUCUCGCUGGCGGCCGCGGCGCUGCUGCUGCCCGGGCCGGCGGCUGGAAGUCCUUGCUUUUUGGACAAGACUCACCUUAUAAAGAAAGGAGCUGCACGCUUGAAGCGAGAAAAUAUAGAUAGAAUUCAUGACUCAGUGGCCUUUUUUGAAACUGGUGGAGUCACAUCUAUUCCAGAUGCUCCACAAAUUUCUCAUCAAAUACUUGGAAUAGAAGGAUCAACUGUUCCAGUGUAUGUUCUCAUUAAUUCCAAAGACUUAAUUCUUAAGUGUUUGACUCAAAAGCUGUUAAAGCAGAGAAUCAUUGAUCCAAAAUAUCAGUGGGUUGGUCCCAUAGGAUUGAUAACCAAAGAAUCACAAAGAUUUGUUUUAACUGAUGAUGGUAGCCUGGAAAUUUAUAAUAUUCAUGGAAGUGACACUGGAAGUUACAGUUGCAAUGUCAUCUAUGUACAUAACAAUAAACAUGUGACAACAGAAAUCCGUUUCAUGGUCUAUGUAUAUCAUAAGCCAGGGAAAAGUAUACAUCUGUCAUCUGAAUUCAAAACAGAAACCUGUGAAACCACUGCAGUCGCUUCAUUUGAAAAACAACUACUAGAAAAUAUGGAGAACUUAAUCCGUGAUCUUCAAUGUGAGAUCCGGCAGUGGAACACACAAUGCCAUGCAGCUACAGAUACUAUGGCGAUGCUAACACACAAACUUACAUUUCAGUUUGUGGUUUUUCCUUUUGCACUGGCAUUUGCAGAGCCCUGUAAAAGUUCAAAAUAUGAAAACUCCACCAAUUACAUCAAAAAGGCAUAUACUAGGAUUAAACAAUUCUUUGAAGUCCAAAAUACUGAAUCAGAUCACAUUCACCAGAUACAUUAUAUUUCUGGCUCCCUUACUGGUAAGAAGGUGGAUCACUGCAAACCAGGAUUUGGUAAAAAUAUAAACAACAGUACACUGUGUCCAGGAUGCUGUGUAACAUGCCCACCGGGUCGAUUCAGUGCAAGAUAUGAUACUACAUGUAUUCUCUGUGCAUCUGGGUCCUAUAAUAAAAAGUACGGGCAGACUGCAUGCAAAAACUGUCCAAAAACACAAACUAGUGAUAGAAGAGGAGCCAAAACAGAAAGAGAGUGUCACGGAACUCUGCAAAUCUGGAUUGUGUUCUUAAUUUCCUCCUUAGGAACAAGCCUUAUCCUAGUGACAUCUUGGGGAAUAAUACAUAAAUGCUGUAGAAGAACAUUAGCAGCUCGAUAUAUAGAGGAAGCUGAAUCUGAACUUAAAACCAGACUGAAAACAUUUGCCAAUAUUGCAAGUGAUGCGGAGAUUGAAGAGCAAAGAAGUAAACUAAGAAACCCAGACAGAUAUGAGAGAAAGAAUCUGCCAAAAUAUAAAGUUGGGUUUAUAGAGGAAGAGUCCAUAGGAUUAUUAAGCAAUGAUGGCAUAACAGAGACAUCAACACCUGUUGGUUCAAAUCCAUCUCCUGACCAUACAUGGCCAAGUGAAGUAGAAACAAGCUUUGAGGAAGGCAGAUCACAGGGUACUUUGGGAGGAGAAGAAAUCCACUGUGUUUCAACAGGACUGGUUUCUAAUCCACAAAAGUUUAACACAAUGAAUCACAAAUUGUCUUAACUUCUCUAUAUGAUGUAGGGUGAAUUGUAAAACAAAGUCUUGAUCAUCUGUUGAAGAAUGUGGGGUUAAGGACCCUUAUAAAAAUAUUCAUGUCCAUAAGGAUAUUGCAUUAUCUUAAGAGUUCUCACAGUUAUUUGUUAUCUAUUUUAUAGUGGUGUUUUCUGGCAGCUGGAAAAGCAAAAGCUGUUUAAAAGAUCAGCAUUCUCCUUCAGGCAGACAAUUCUCCUUAAAUAUGUGUAGCACUUACCAGUUUUUGGAGCUCCAUUCUGCUGAAGCAUAAUGAACCUUCCCUCCACUGCAGAAGCAUUAAAUACUUUCUACAGAUGUGCGUUAACAUAUAUUUUAUUGUUUUUUCAUAUGCAAGCUAUUCAGCUGUUUGAUAAUGGCUCCAAAUUAAUUAAAUUUCUUACUUUCUAAGAAUUCCACAGAACCAAAAUAGAAGCUAAACAUUAACUGAUAUAAUUUGAUGUGAUACAAUACUGUCAUGUUACAUUUUUCAUAAGCUCAGUGCAAACUUCAUACAACUAAGAGUACAGUAUUUUAAUAGUGCUACAUGCUUUGCAGUGUGUAUUAUGCUCAGAAUAAAUUUAGAGAAAUUUAAAACUCACAUGUUAUGCCUGUUCAAAACUGAAGUUCAUGUGAACAAAAAAAGGUAUUGGGACUUUAGCCAGAAGGAAAUCCACUGGAUGGUUUCAGUAUUAUGAAGAUGGGAAAUGUCUUGGUCUAUUAAUUUAUAUAAUAAAAACCAAGAAUUUGAAAACAAAAUUCGGAACAGACAUCCUAAUAGUUCUUCGUAUUCAUUUAAUAUCAUUUGAUAAUUUUCACAAUGAGCUAAAUAUUCAAAAUACUGCAUAACUGUUGUGUAGCUAAAAUCAGUUUUUAAUCCAUGGAAACCUAGAAGUUCCCAUUAAACAUGCCCUCUAUGCCAAAAAAUAAAUUAAAAUUAAGAACCUUUUGUCUCCUCACCAUUCCAUCAACAGUCAAACUGAUGACAUAUAACUGACAUACCAGGUAUGCAACUUAAAUAUAAAAAUAUUCUCUUUCAGCUUGAAUUGAUUCCAUAAUUUGCAUACGAAUGUCCAGUUUCAAAUAUAUUUGGAUGCCCAUAAUUUCAAAACAGGAAGCACAGAAAGUAAGCUGCCUCCAUGUAUUAUAACAAUAGCAGUAGACUUCAAUGUGUUAGCCAAACAUAAGGAGCAGACAAAUAUUGGAACCCCUUUUUCCAAACAGUUUUAAAACUGGGGUGAGUCACACACAUUGGGCUCUGCAAUGACUCAGUCAGACCUACCCUUGGAGAGAUGGGAGAAGAAGCAUGAAACAAGGAAUGGAUCCUGGAGACAUACCUGUGCAGUGGAUGAGCAGGUAUAAUGCCUCAGAGGUGGUUGGCGGGUCAACAUGGAUUGUUGUUAAACCUGUUCUACAGAUGUAGCCUGCAUUCAUUCAUCCCAGUGAGGGAACAGGUGAAGUGCACAGAGCUACCUUUUAGGGGUACAAAUAAACUUUUCAAAGAAAAUGGGUGUGGGUAAAGUCAAAUCCAGCAGAGCAAAAAUAAAUUAUUGAAUCCCACAAGUACGGCAGACUAGAUUACCUAAAAAUGAAAAAUAUGUAGUUGAAACAAUGCUUUUCCUGAUCCAGAUGGAAGAAGCAGCUUUGCAGUCUAAUCUUCAAGCAGGAAGCACCUAGGCAAAGAACUUAACGAUACAUAACUUUGCUCAUGUAACCUGUUCCAUUCCAUUCUUAAACAGUGGCCAACAGGCUUGUUGAAACCCUUAAAAUAGCAGUUUGAGAGUGUUAAAAAUAUGAACUUAAGAAAUGAUUCCAAGGAGAAUCUGUCUCCAAGAAAGUUACAACUUGAUAUACAGCGGCAAAAGCAAGGCCUGCAUAAAUGUCAAAAGAUCAGUAGGUAUAUAUAGGCAAUACAUUUGGAGAACGCCAUUUGCUAGUUAACCUUCCUUUUCCCACCAAGAAAUGUCUAUGCAGAUCCCCAGUGUAGGACACUGACAAUACAAUAAGUCAGGAAGAUGACUGAAAAGUACUCAGUUAAAAAAAUUAUUGAAGCACCAUUCUCCUGAACCAAGCAUUAGCGCUAACUCCAACUUUGAGCCGUGGAGCUUGCUCCAAACACCAGAAAAUAAUGUUUUGUGAAUGUGUCAAUUGAGUCGCAUCAGCCAAACAAUGGGAAGUUUCCAGUUUCUCUUGUUUUUCAAUUUUGCCUUAUGUGGGUCCAGUUCUUUAUUUGACCAAACUGGAUUUCCACUGACAUUGUGAUAAAAGUGUCAUCAACCUGUAACUUGUCAAGCUCACCUGAAACCCAUAUUUACAGUCUCCAGAUAGUACACUUUUUUCUUUCCCUGAAGGAGUCAAAAGGCUUGUAAGAGUCUAGGAAAUCUUCCACCAAGUAGUAAUAUGCUUUUAAAAUAAGUAUUUCCUUGUUUUGAUCCAACAGUGUGGGGGAAUAGCCUAAGACCUUGUAGUUUCCUAGGAGUCUGACCAUCUGUUGUUCUUCAAGAUUUCAGAAUCUUCAGCCUCAGUGAACAUGUACUGAGAUGGUAUGCUGAGCUGUUUACUCUCUAUCUAUUCAAAGAUCUUCAGUAUUUGCUCAUCCAACACACACUUUUAAAAAGGUGCAUUAUACAAACUAUGAUUUGUGAACUGACUUGACUUCUGCUCUUACCAGAUUGAAUCUCUGGGGGUAUGUUUUCUGCACUCUGUCUCAUUGAAGACUCUUUUCUUCAUGGCUAUAAAAUCAUACAAGUGCCACACAUGCUAUCCCACAAGGAAAAGAUGGUUUUAAGGCCUCAUCCAAAUUAUUUUUUUAAAAAGUGGUAAAUAGAUUUUCAUAUAUAUUAUAUAACUCCCCAUUUUUCUGUAGACCCCAUGAUCUGCUGAAGCAAGAUUAUAUAGGCUAGAUGUUGAAAGGUUAUUUCCUCAUUUAUUUGUUAACAGCUAAGGCAUUCAAAGAAAUCUUCCCAACUGUUUGCAGCUUUUGGUGAGAAGUCUAAAGUCCGAAGCCUUUUUAGUUCAAAAUCUUGUCAUGCAUACUAUGCAGUUAUCAACACACUGGAAGACUCCCAGAACCAAAUGGAUUAACAGCAUGUUCUACAAAAGAACGACUGCAACUGUUGUUUGCAUCAAGAGUAUAUUUAUCUAUAGCUAUAUCUCUUUAUCAGUCUUUCCAGUGAAAUUUGGUGGGCACACUCAAGCAGAUUGCCUUCACGUGCAUCCAAUUGCCAGAAGUAUGUUGAAAUUUGCACUGAGCAAGAGGGUACUUUAAUCAAAAUAUAGCAUGCUCUUUUCACAGCAGACUGUACAAAGAGGACAUACACUUAUAAAAGCACUUGGAGGAGGUUUCAGAGAGACAUGUCAGAUUAUAAAAUGAAGUCAAUGGGACUAUGCAGGUGUAAGAGCCUGACUGUGUCAAUUUGCUUUGCAGAACUACACCCAAACAUUUUAGUUAAUUCUAUCUUUGAUCUUUGUGCAGAUCUCCAGCUGAUAGCUGGAAGAUCAUCUGUGGAUUGAGGAUUAUAUCUGACUGUAAUUUUGCAAACCUGGAACAUAACAACAAAACAACAAAUGUAAUUCAGCUCUCUCCACGAAAUGAGUUUGACACUCCUGGUAUAAGGCGAAUACAAAAUGUUUAGAGACCAAUAGAGAGACUAUACAAAACUACUGUAAGAAUGGUAACUUGAAAUUUACUUACUUUGGCAAGUUUUAAAAUCUAAAGAUUGCAUAAAUGUGUAUUUUUGCAUUUAAUUUUUUCUAGGUGCUAUAUCUGAAAGCAAACAAAAACACACUGAAAUAUGUGGAGGGUUUUAUAAAAUUGCAUAUAUAUUUUUAAGUAUACAUGAGAAAAUAGACGAUCUUUUUAUUAAAAUAAAAAAAGCUUUGAUACAUUUGCACUGAAAAUAUUUUUAACAGAAAAUAAUUGCUACAAACAUGCUACAGUAACAAACAAAAUGUCCAAAAAAUUUUCAAUGCCUUCUUUUAAAGUUCAAUAUUUUGGCAAAAAAGUUUUUCUGUAAAAACUUCAAAAGUUGGCUACUAUAAUACUGAUACAAAACACUUCAUGUAGAUUAAGUUCAUGUGCAUAAAACACAAUAACUUUUAAUGUAUUGUUUGUAUAAAACCAACAUAUUUAAAGUGUAAAUUUCAUUAGAUAACAUGCAAAUACUGCAAUAUUUAAAAUGGCACUUAUAAAUAGAGGCUUUAUAAUUUUG